ACCUGAACCUAUAGAUUAACAGAUCACAUCUUAUAUAUCUGACAUUAUACACGCCGCCGACCAGCGUAUUUAUAUGGGUCACAUUCAGGGGUUCUGACAUAAAAAUUGGAUGGACAACGUUCUUUCCCCAACCCCGCGUUUUUUGAGGGUAGGUGUUUGGUCUGAGGGUCGGGUUGAGAAUCGAGAGUGUGGGUAUAUUGUGUAUUCUGUGAUGGAGUUGUAAAUUAGGAAUUUGUGUACAAUGCGCCUACCUCCUAGCUGUCAACACACGUUCUUGUAGACCGAAUAAAUACACUCUCGCCUGCCCAUUCUUUCAUUCUUAUGCAGGCUUUCAGAACCAUAUAUAUAGCGAUGAGUAUAGGUUUUCUACUCACGAUUAUCGCUGGAUUUAACAUGUCUUCCGUUCAGCUCCCCGCUCGACAGUGCUUAACAUGUGCUUCAAAUGGAGCUACAUGUGAUGGAGGAUUCCCUGUUUGCUCUUCAUGCCUCUCGUCGAAAGAGGCUUGUGAGAAACCAGAAAUUGAAAUCGAGGUGCCAUGGGAGAAAUCUCCUAUCUCUCAAUCUUGCGAGGUUUUGUCUCUUGAUUCCACCCAUAACGAUGCAUUCUUCACGGAAGAUUUCAUCAAGACACAACAUGGAGGGUUUUUACAGGGCAUGACGCAAGUCUAUGAAACUCUUCAUCGCACCCUUCCUUACAACUAUUUGAAUGAUGCUUCCGACGCUCGCGAAGUUCUCUGGAAAGGGGAAUACGAUCUUGCACCAUGGACUGUCCGCCUUGGUUCCUGCAAAGUCAGCCCGGAUAUAUUUGGACGAACUAUCAUUUACGAUAUUCGCACAAAACACAUUAUUCAGUGGCCGAAUAAUUCACCAGGCUAUACAAACACAACACCUUCGAGACUUGAAAGAAUGCCAUGGUCUAAUGGAAGAUCCCGUCACGUGGAUUCAGAACCCCCAGCUCCUCCAUCUGGUUAUGUCGAUUAUGUUGCCAAUGGGUAUAAGAUUGUGGAUCCAACACCCGACGCGGAUCAAUACUUGCUCGAGGGUUAUGACAAGAGAGCUGCACAGAAGAGAUGA